AUGGUUCGCAGUGCGAGUGUGGUCCGACGCGACACGCCGGCCGAAUACACAGUCCCGCCCUUCCCUUCCUUGUUCUGGCCGCCGCAGGACGGAACCGUCAUCCUCUACGAACUAGACGAUAUGUGGAAGUUCACACUCUACUGGACGCUCAUCCUCUACGGUCUCUUCCACCUGGGCGCUGUCGGGGUUGCCGUGCUGAUGCAAGGGGGGAAACGGAGUUCCAGCUGGAAGUACCUUUGGCUGGUUCCUCUCGUCUACGCCCUCAUUGCCGCCUUCGAGGGCCUCCUCGCCGGAACACUCGUGGGUUUGAUAGUCGGCGCGAGCUAUAUUGUCGGCGGCUAUACAAUGUCGACCUGGAUCCCCUUUGUCUGGGGGUGGGUAAACGUCCUCGUCCUGCUCGUGUCCUCCUUUCGGAUUCAAGGCGGUCUGUGA